UUCAGAUAAGAUGAUAUGGUCACAAUCAUACACACAGUAACACCCACCACCUGCAUGAUCAAUGGAUUCAGAUAAGAUGAUAUGGUCACACGCAUAAACACAUUAAUAAACGCAACCUACAUGAUCAAUGGAUUCCGAUAAGAUGAUAUGGUCACACUCAUAAACACAGUAGCACCCACCACCUACAUGAUCAAUGGAUUCAGAUAAGGUGAUAUGGUUAAACUUAUAAACACAGUAACACCCACCACCUACAUGAUCAAUGGAUUCAGACACGCUGAUAUGGUCACGAGCAAGCUUCCUAUAGUCCACGCGAGUACGUUCUGUGUCCUAGUUGGCUGCCCCGUAUUCUUAGGUUGCAGCGAUGGCCCAAACGAAGUGAUCGCACGGCCCUCUAGUUUAUCUGCAGAGGUUAUAGACAAUGGGACCGAGUGA